AGUUCGAAGGCGUUUGCCGUCGUUUUGCGAACAAUCCCUUGUACGAAAAUAGAAACACGUCGUAUGUGCGUGUAUUCAUUGAAUGCAAGUGGAUCGAUUAAUCUUUCGAUUCGGAAAAAAAAAAUGUGGAUAAGGUCAUGUAUAUAAGAAGUGAACAUGUUGCCUAGCCAUUUGUCCGUAAAAUCGAGCCUAUAUUCAUACUCGAGUCAAAAUUAAUAAAUCCGGUUUUCGAUUUCAAAUAAAAUGGAUAGUAUGGUUGCCAAUUUGAUGGACGACUACGUGAGAGGGUCGAACUACGACGAUUCCUUUGGUAACGUCUUGGACCUCAUGAAUUUCGAGUCCCAAGACCAAAUGUUUUCCCCGUAUUCUCUUCAAUCUAUCGAACAAUAUUUUAUGGAAAGUCAAAACGAUGUGGAGAAUAUUCCUAGGAAUAUCCUCAAGGUAUCGCUCAACGAGAAAAUGCUUAGGGCACUGCAUCUCUUCAAGGAGUUGUCCGGUGGGGGUAUCUUGGCCCAAUUGUGGGUCCCGAUGAAGAACGGCGAUCAAUACGUUUUGAGCACUUGCGAGCAGCCGUUUCUAUUGGACCAGACGCUCUCUGGGUACAGAGAAGUUUCUAGAAUGUUCACGUUCGCAACGGAAGUGGGGCCCGGUUGUUUUCCGGGUCUUCCUGGGAGGGUUUUCAUCUCCAAGGUCCCCGAAUGGACUUCGAAUGUGAUGUACUAUAGUAAAGCGGAGUACCUUAGGGUGCAACAUGCAAUUGAUCAUGAAGUGCGUGGCUCGAUUGCUUUGCCGGUGUUUGAGGAGGAUGAUUCGAUUGAUGGUGACAAGUCGUGUUGUGCUGUUUUGGAGAUUGUCACCACUAAGGAGAAACUCGAUUUCGAUUUGGAGAUCGAUAAUAUUUCCCGUGCACUGCAGGCUGUGGAUUUAAGUAGCAUUGCGACUCCUCGAAUUUACCCCCAGAGUCUCUCGAAGAAUCAAAACGCAGCUCUAGCAGAAAUAACCGAUGUUUUACGUGCAAUUUGCCAUGCGCAUCGACUCCCACUCGCUCUAACAUGGAUCCCUUGUAGCUACACCGAAGAAUAUUCAGGAAACCAAACCAUACGAACGAAUUCAAUAAAAAAAAUUAUUUUAAAUCCGAACGAAAAACCCGUAUUGUGUGUAGAAGAAUCCGCGUGUUAUUCGAGCGAUACAUACAUGCAAGGAUUUAUACGUGCAUGCGGAGGGCAUUUUCUUGAACAAGGGCAAGGUGUGGUCGGAAAAGCACUUCAAUCGAAUCAACCAUUUUUCUACCAUGAUGUGAAGGAGUAUCAUAUAAGCGAGUAUCCGCUCGUUCAUCAUGCUCGAAAAUACGGAUUAAAUGCUGCAGUUGCGAUUAGGCUUAGGAGUACUUUUACGGGCGAAGAUGACUAUAUAUUGGAAUUUUUUCUGCCCGUGAAUAUUGGAGGGGGUGCAGAACAACAAUUAUUGCUUGAUAAUCUCUCGAGUACUUUGCAAAGAAUUAGUAGAAGUUUGAGAACAGUUUCGGAUGAAGAGUUAUUUGGGAAAAGGGGCUUUGAAGAGUCGAUGGUUGUAAAUGAUGAUUUGCUUGUUUUAAAGACUGCAGAAAUAGAUGAUAAUACCCUCCAUGAGAAAGUUGAUCGUGUUUCUUUCCAGUUUCUCAUUUUUGUAGUUUGCCCAACGACGCUUAAAAGAAUAUGCCGACGACAUGGUAUAUAUAGAUGGCCUUCGCGCAAGAUAAACAAGGUUAACCGGUCAUUGAAGAAAAUACAAAGUGUGCUCGAAUCCGUUGAGGGAGCCGAAGGAGGACUAAAAUUCGACGCAACGACAGGAAAACUCGUUUCCGCGGGCUCGAUAAUGCAAGAAUUCGACCCGAGCACACAAUUCUACUUCAACACGAAAACCGAUUAUUGGACGAAAAAUCUAGACGCACCCAUAGCGAACGCAACAUCACUCUCCUCAACUUCUUGCAUCGACUACGAAGAGUAUCUUUUCGAUGUGAAAAAUUGUGAUGAAUCGAAGUUGGCUGCAUUAGAUACACGGGGCCCGUCGUGGCCACCUAGUCUAAAGACCAUUCCGUGGACGACUUCUCCUAAUGCUCCGAAGAAUUCUUUUCUUUUGAGAGAAUAUAAUGGAUUGGAACUACGCGAUGGUAACACUAAUGCCAUUUUUUUUCUUCUUGUAGUGAGGUUUGGAGGAAGUACUAUGAUCGAUGUGAAUGAUGGAUUUAUCGAGCAAAGCCAAAUUAGUUCCUCAAGAAUGACAAAUUCAUCAAAACAAAUGAAUAGCAGUUCAUCGAGUUCGAGAAGUUUUGACGAGAAAUCACCUUUGAAAACCGAAGCAAGCUAUGAAGGAGACAGUGGGGCUAAAAUUACGGUGAAAGCUACGUAUGGUGGAGACAUGGUUCGGUUUAAAUUCGAACCUUCGUCUUCGUCAGGGUGUUGUGAAUUGUACGAAGAAGUGGCAAAGAGGUUCAAAAUUGAGACGGGGCAAUUUAAGCUCAAUUAUUUGGACGACGAAGAGGAAUGGGUGAUGAUGGUGAAUGAUUCGGAUUUGCGAGAGUGUCUUGAAGUAUUGGAGUUUGUUGGGACUCGCACAGUGAAGUUCCUCGUUCGUACUGACGUGGACGGUCCCACGAGGAACUCGGGUACGGGCAAUCAUUUCUUGGCGGGAAGCACUUGAUAUAUAUUCUUGGGCAUGAAUCUUGUGAUGUUCCAGGCUUUCCAA